AGAACCUCUCGGGGUAAUCUCCAGCUAUUGGUUCGCUGUCGGAAGCCGUGAAUCCAGCAGCGGGGUAUAAAUUCUUUGGCAGAGCAUUUUGUCUCUUCAUUCAUUCAUUCUUUUGGCCGUUUGACGCUAACCGACCGACUUUAUUCUACAUCAUGUCUGGACGUGGUAAAGGAGGCAAGGCACGCGCCAAGGCAAAGAGCCGUUCUUCCCGAGCGGGACUGCAGUUCCCGGUUGGCCGUGUCCAUCGCUUCUUGCGCAAGGGAAACUAUGCCCAGCGCGUGGGUGCCGGCGCCCCUGUGUACUUGGCGGCGGUGCUCGAGUACCUGACCGCCGAGAUCCUCGAGCUGGCCGGUAACGCUGCCCGCGACAACAAGAAGACCAGGAUCAUCCCUCGUCACCUUCAACUUGCCGUCCGCAACGACGAGGAGUUGAACAAGCUAUUGUCCGGCGUCACCAUUGCACAGGGCGGCGUUCUCCCCAACAUCCACGCCGUGCUUCUGCCCAAGAAGACCAGCAAGGCCCAGUAAGAUC